UCUGUGGUCUGUGGAUUCGACUUGAAUAAUACCGCUUCACGUCGAUUUUCAUUAAAAACUGUGAAAAAAUAUUCUGAAAUCACUGAAAAUGAGUAGGCAGGUUGAUGUAAAGGCUUUAGUAUCGCACGUUAUACGAGGAGAUGGGGUUAACAAAUGCCGAAUUUGCAUGGGGGACACUUCAGAAGGACAAGUACGAUUAAGUGAUACAGUUAUUAUGGAAGGCGAUAAACCUGUUACAUUAUCUCAACUGCUCGAGAUCGUAACUGGAAUUCAGGUGCCGCUGGACGGUGACCUGCCAGCUGGACUGUGCACGGAAUGCUGCACGAGUGCUGUAAAUGCUGCUAACUUCAGAUCCAUGUGCAGGGAAACCUCCUCGAAAUGGGACACGAUGUUGCAACUCUUGUGCGACCUACCCUCACAGUACUCGGAAAAGGACCAGAUUAUGUUCGUCAUAUUGGACGAUAGUCAAAUGAUUGUUGUCAUUGAUGAAAAUUAUUUGAAUUUAAACACAGUAUCUGAGAGAUUAGGGGCACAUUUGCCGUCACAGGUGGAUUCUAUCUCCCCAAUGGACACAAAAAGCGUUACCGAAGAAAAAAGUGACGUAGACCAUGAUGGACUAAAUACAAAAGGAAAUGAACUUAGUGAUAUCAAAAAUGAAAAACCAGAAAGUGAACUUAGAGAUAUAGAAAACGAAAGUCUAGUCGCAAAAAGAGUGAAAAGAGUAGAAAGUGAACUUAUAGAUGGUAAAAAUGAAAGUCCAGUUGCAAAAAGAGUGAAAAGAGACAAAGUAGACAUUAAUAAGAGACUAAUGACAAAUAGAGAAGAAAGUGUACGAAAAGAAGUGGCUAAAAAUAGAAGAAAUCUACCUAUACAAACGUCGCAAUGUCCGAAUUGCAGCAAAAACUUUCAUCAUCCGCUGAAACUAUAUCACCAUUUAAGAGGAUCGAUUGAUAUGAUACGAGCUUGUUAUGUAUGCAGCGAGAUUAUGCAACGUGAUGAACUUGUCUCACAUCUUGAUUUAGCCCAUAACAUAGAAGUUUACGAUUGCAAAAAAUGCCCUGCCAUACUUCUAACAAAUAAUAAAUAUAUCGAGCAUUUAAACGGAGCACAUUCACGCGGUGCGUGCUCUUGUAUAGACUGCGGACGGACGUUUCAGUCAGACCAAGCGGUUUACGCGCACAUACCUGUACACAGACGAAAAACAUGUCCGUCUUGCGACAGAAUAUUCCAAAACCAACCCUGCUACUUGUAUCAUAUAAAGAACUGUUGCAAUUUAAACAAAAAUUUAAAAAAAUCAGAAAAGAGGGUAGUCAUCAAAAACGUGAACAGUAAAAAGAACGUUCGAGUCGGUGUACGUGGUGGCACAGAUCAUGUAUGCAUCUGUGAUUAUUGUGGUAGAAGUUUCUUAAAAAAAAAGUACCUGGCGGCGCAUAUGCAAACUGUUCAUAUGAAAAACACUCAUGCACCUUGCGCGUACUGUGGGAAGCUCCUAGCGACGGUGCAUAUGACAGAACAUCUAAAGCGACACGAGUUAGACUUGUCGUUUAAGUGUGAACACUGUGGAAUCGUCCUUAAGACCAAACUCGGUUAUGUCCAGCAUUUAAGAUUGCAUACAGGGGAACGUCCAUAUGCUUGCAAGAUUUGUAACGAAAGUUUUAGUGCUUCGUCCAGACGCUCGGAGCAUAUGCGUAAAGUACACCAAAAUACGAGUGUAAUACUAAAGCAUGCAUGCAAGCUAUGCCCUGCCAAAUUCCGACUGCCGUACAAGCUAAAAAAGCACAUGAAAUCAGCACAUUUAAAUGAUAGUUAUGCAGAAACACAACAGUUUGAAUGUCCUCAAUGCCACGAAAAGUUUGACUCACGCCGUGGGUUGUUACACCAUAGCAGGAAGCAUCAAAAAGUGAAUUUCCCAUAUAAGAGACCUGAGAAAACUAUUAUGUUGAAGGUGUUUAGUGAACCAGACUGUGUCUUUGCGGAGACCGACCUGCCCGGAGGCCUAUGCAGCGACUGCACCAACAGUACACUGUUAGCGUGGAAGUUCAGGUUGCUAUGCAUCAGCUCUGAUCAAGAAUGGAGUCGAGUGACCGAAGUCCUGACUCAAAACACAGAAAAUCUGUCUGCCAACCCAGAUGACACAGUCCUUUACAUAUGCUCAACAAAAGAGGGCGCAGUUUUCAAAGACCAUAUCCCCAAAAUAUAUACCUUAACAGAAGCUGCCGAUAAUCUCAAUGAUAUCCUCAAAACGGAUAGGAAACGGGAACGGGAGAAAGUAAAAAAUAAAGUGUCGAAACGUCGCCUCAAAAUCAAAUGCCGGAUGUGUGGUAAAGUGUUCCAUCUUCCCGAAUAUUUGAACCAGCAUUUGAUGAGCUCAUCCAAAGGCGCUUGCAUCGUUUGCGCCAAGGUGCUGCCAAAGGUAAAGUUGCCAAAUCAUUUGGAAAACGUUCACGGGAUGUGUGUUUACGCUUGCAAAAUUUGUCACCAAAUGUUCGACGACCAAUCGAAUUUGGACAGUCAUAGCGAACUCCACGGAUUGAAUUCGCCGCAAUGCAGGAUUUGCAAGCAAGGUUUCAAAAACGAGAGAUCUUUACACGCUCACAUGUUCGCCCACACGCUAUUUACCUGCAUAAAUUGUGGCAAAGGCUUUGAGAACCGAAGAUGCUACACUUAUCACAAAGAACAUUGUACAGCCACCAAACCCUACACCGAAGUUGAAGGGACAUAUGAAUGCCACGAUUGCGGUCGAAAGUAUUCAAAGAAACCGUCGCUAAGAAUCCAUAUAAUACAGAAGCAUUUGAAUGUUUUACCAUUCGUUUGUCAGAUAUGUGGGAAGCGCAGUUCCACGAAAAACCAUCACAAGUCCCAUGAACUUAUUCAUAAAACAGAACGGAAGAUAUACCAGUGCGAGUGUGGUGCGAAAAUGCGUACCGCUCUCGGUUUUCACAUGCACCAAAGAAUCCAUUCUGGGGAAAAGCCGUACGAAUGUGAGGAAUGCGGGGACAGGUUUCUAUCUGCUUCUAGAAGGUUGGACCACAUCAAAAGGAGGCAUAGGGGCGGUACCACACCACAUAAUUGUGACAAAUGUGGUGCAGGUUUCAUCAGAGAAGAAGAGCCACUGUUUCCUCAACUAUUGUGUGUAACCUGUACCCACGUCGCCACAACAGCAUACGAAUUCCGCCUAUUCGCGAGCCAUUCACAAAAUCUAUGGGCCAAUUGCGUUGCCUCCAUAGGAAGCCUAUUCCCAUUGAAGACCCCGAAGUCAUUUUACGCGAUCAUAAAAGACAAUUUACUCCUCCAAAGUGUUAACAAUUUUGAGGGUAGUACCAAAGAAUUGGCGCACCAUUUGUCUAACCGUUUUAAAAAGAAACCGGUGACCCCAGAACGGAAAUCUAGACACCCUCGUACAGGGCCUUCCUGUGAUUGUACGGAUUGUGGAAAAAGCUUUUUAAGCCCCUACUUCCUUAACGUCCACCUUCGUAACAGCGGUCAGAAGGAAGCGUGCUGGUUAUGUGGCACCAUGCUCAUACGCGGUCUACAAAUGAAGGAGCACCUAUCAGAAACGCAUAAAACGGAUAUGUUUCUAUGCUCAGAAUGCCCGUUGCUUUUCAAAACUGAAUCAGAAGCGAGGCAGCAUCAGAAAAAGUGUCAUGGACCUGGGAAAUUAACUUGCAAUGAUUGCGGACGGACUUUUAAAAGGAAGGCGUCGUUUGACGUGCAUUCUCAGAUGCAUAAUGUUAGGACUUGUCGAACUUGUGGGGUCCAAUUUACUAAUCGAGGUUGCUAUAGAGAGCAUAGAGCGAAAUGCGAACCGGAUGCUAAGCCCGACUUGAAAACCGUGCCUCGCAGCCGCCGAUCGAACAUCCGGGACCCAGCCACGUUUACCUGUGACUAUUGUAAUAAAACCUAUCAUUCACGACCUCAGUUAAAGAAUCAUAUUUUAUGGAUUCACCUGGACAUACGGCCGCAUCAAUGUCAAUGGUGUGGCAAACGGUUUUAUACCCCAGCGCGAUUGGCGGAACACACAGUCGUACAUACAAGGGAAAGAAAUUUUGAAUGUGAUAUCUGUGGUGCUAAAUUAGUUUCCAAAAUGGCGGCGGUGUACCAUAGACGACGGCAUACGGGGGAAAAACCGUACGAAUGUUCGGAUUGCGGGGAGAAAUUCAUUUCUUCGUCCAGGAGGUCCGAGCAUGCUAAGCGUAGACACAAUAAGGGACCUCGGUUACAGUGUACCCUAUGCGUUUCCAGUUUUGUCAGGAGCCAUGAGCUAAAGAAGCACAUGGAAAAGGCACAUAACCCUGAUUCACAGAAUCUGCUCAAAGUUAAGAAGGUUAAAGAGUUAGUUGAAACUAUUGCAUGAUGACUUUUUUUAUUAAUAGCUCGUUCACACAGGCUGCGUAAGCGUGACGUAGCGCGUACCAUUGCGUUGUAAUGUAUGAAACGUGGCACACCGCUUGCGUAAACGUAUGCGUUACCCGGUGUGUUAAGGGUUUACGCGCGCAAUACGCACGUGUCACGUGUACGUGAUUGGUGUGAAUCGGCCUUUAACAAUGAUUUGUAUAGUAUAAUAUCAUGGCGUCAAACGCUUUGUUAGAAAAACUGUUUUACCAAUAAUCUGUCUAAUGCCUCAUUUACAAGAGAGCUUUUUAGCUUUUUGAAACCAAAGUAGUAUUGGUUUAAUGAAAACUGCCAUACGCCUUCCAGGUUAGCCCGCUUCCAUCUUAGACAGCAUCAUCACUUACCACCAGGUGAGAUUGCAGUUAAGGGCUAACUUGUACCUAUCUGAAUAAAAAGUAACUAAAUGCCCGUUAAAGCGUCCAAAUAGGACAAAUGUAUUUCCAAGUAUCACACGUAAAAAAGCGAUGACGUUAGGAAU